UGGCUCUCUGGCACCGCUGGCGCGGUUGGUGCUGCUGGCGCGACGGGCGCGGCCGCUCUUGGCGGCGCGCCUGCCGCUGCGAACGCUUCUGGCGCCGCUGGCGCCGCCACCUCGGCCCUCGCUGCGGACGCUCCCCGGGCGGUCGGCGCGGGCGGGGCUGCUCGCCCUCUCGCCCCCGCGGGCGCCCCGGGCACUGCCGACGCCCCCGGGCAUUUCGGCGCG